UCCCAAAUACAUCUACCCGGCCUUUCUCUUUGUGGGGAGUUUUUCCCCUUGAUCCCAACUUUACGGCAACUCUUUCUCUCCAACACUCUUGCAAAUUGUUGCAAUGCGUUGCUAUAAAGCCAUCCCAAUUCCAAAUUUCCAACGGAUUCUCUUUCUUCUGUUCUUGCUUGAUCAAUUUCCUGAGAAACUAACUCUUGUAUUUUCUCUCACGUUCUCUCCCUCUUUGAAGAUCGAUCGGUUGAUCUCCUUAGAGGGAGGGAAAUACAUGUGAGGAGCUAGACAUGAAAAUGGAACCCCCAAUUAGAAACUACCAUACCCUAACUUUUCCAACAUUCGAGAAGCCGCCAUUGGAUUCCGGUGGCAGCCGUCAUCUUCGAGAAGGCGUAGGGUUGAUUCUUUCUCGAUGGAGGGCACUGCAAUUGGCUGUUCAGAACCAAUGGGGAGGCCAUGAUUCCCUUCAGAAGUCCCACCAACUAGCAAAUGACGUCUUGUGUUGGUUUUUACAUUGCAAGGGGCGGCUUCACGUGGAGGAUCUCGAGAAUUUGUUGCAUGAAAAUCUCCUGCUGAAUUUCAACACAGAGAUCGAAGACGGCAGCAUUGAGGAGGUGGCAGAACAGCUGAUGGUGAUGUACGAAGAACACUUGCACAAGAACCAUUAUCACAAACCCUAGUUAAGGUUUCGAUAAUACGAGUUUCAGCUGCUAGAUCAGAUGAUCUUCAUGCAUGCGGGGCGUGAUGAUGUCCUUCGGUUGUUAGAACAAGGACUUUUUCGAGAUAAAGAAUCUCGGUUUUUGAAUUUAUUAUGUGGCUCUGUGAUGAAAUUGGAUUGAUCGAGUUGAUGUUUAGAUGAUAUACAGUCGGAUGUAUGUACCAUUUUAAGAUGAUCACGAUUCAUCUUUCAUUGAACCAAAUCAUUAUCGGUUAAAAUGAUGAGCAUGCAUGUUUUUAUAAUUUAUAAGACCCCUCAUGUUAGAUAUUAGAUUUUUUUUAAUGAUGGUGAUAAUGCAUUAAAGAUAAAGAAGAAAAAAUCAAGAAGGUUUAAUACAAGCAUAGACAGACG